UAUGGCGCCGCUCUGUUUGUAAACAUGUUGCUUUUUGCUGUUGCCUUUUUAAAAAUCAUAUGCAUUAAUAUUGAUUGAUGAAUUAAUUGUAACUAUUAUCAGCAAUCGGAAGUGUUUUCCCUUAUAGAUAAGAGGUUAAAACAUGAAUUCAAAGUGAUAUAGCAAAACAAUAAUAAUUUUAUCUACUUUGAAAAUUACGAAAAAAUGAAUUGUAAUAAUAAUUAUACCCUCAGCACUCAAUUAUAUCGUGCUAUUGGGUUUUCCUAUACUGACUCUGUGAAACGGUUACUUGAUAGUACAUCCAUUCAAGUCAAUGAUACGUUUGAUGAAUCAAACGGUACACAGUGCAAGACAGAAGAUAUUGGAAAGACUCCUCUACAAUAUGCUGUUGAAAGCUAUCGACCAGAAAUUGUAAAAUUACUCUUAAAACAUAAUGCUAACGUAAAUCUUAAGUUGAAUUCAAACAUGUCUCUGAUUCAAUAUGCAUGUCAAGAAAAGAAUCCUACGAUUGUACAAUUACUUGUAGACUAUGGUGCCAAUGUUAACUGUGUUGAUCCAUCACUACAAAAAUGUUAUACAUGCUUACAUUAUGCUGUUGAAAACGAAGCAGAAUGCACAGUUCAACUACUUGUAAAUAAAGGAAGUUUCAUUAAUGCUACUGCCGAAAAUAAUAUAACACCACUACAUAUAGCUGCAAAAAAAGGAUAUAACAAUAUAUAUCCUCAUGAAGAGAACAAUUUGUUAAAAAUUCUCCUUGAAAAUGGAGCAGACGUAAAUGCACAAACUGACGACAAGAAGACAGCUCUUUAUUUUACGGCACAGGCAGGACAUUUGAGUGCUGUCCAAACAAUUUUAAAGCAUAAUCCAGACAAAAAUAUCGAAGGUAAUUUAUCUUCUCUUGGUGUUGCAAUUUCUUGUAAUCAUACUGAUGGAAUAAAAGCAUCUUAUUUUAAGUCACAAGCCAAACAUAUGAAUAUCUUACGUAAUGAUGGACUUUCUAGACCUGUUAGCAAUAUUAAAAACAACAUAACUUCUCGUUAUCAUAGUAUUUCUUGUGAUCAUUCAACAAUUGUUAAUCUUCUUAUUGAUUAUGGAUUAACAUUAGAACCUCAACAUAAAUUUUAUAAAAUGUUUAUUUUUGCUGCUGCAUCAAUUGGACAUCUCAAAAUAAUCAAAAAUUUUCUAACAUCUGACAGCUGUGAUGUUAAUCUAUCAGUAAAUCCUGCAUCGAAAAAAUCGACCAGAAUUUUACACACGUCAAUUAUAAAUAAUCAUACUGAUAUAUCACUAUUGCUUAUUGAAAAUGGUGCUGAUGUUAAUGUUAAAGAUGAGAAUAAUAAAAGUCCUGUACAUUAUGCAGUUACAAAUAAUAAUACAGAAGUUACAAAAAAGCUUGUAGCUCAUCAUGCUGAGGUUCAACCUAUUCUUCUUAGUUGUGCUAUUCGCAAUGAUAAUCUAGAAAUUAUUGAAAUUCUUGUAAAAUGUGGAGUUAAUAUCAAUACAAUUUUUGAAAUGUCAAGUUCAUUUUCUAGAAAUCGAAAAUUAACACCACUUUUAAUUGCUAUGCAUAAAAUGAACCAUUCUGUAAUUCAAUAUCUUGUAGAACACGGUGCGAACGUGAAUUUUGUUGAUGCACCUGAUGGAUAUCCACCACUUCACUAUGCUGUGACAAAUAAAAACGAAAAAAUCCAGUUCAGACCAUAGGAGAUAUUGAAAUAAUUAAAUUACUAUUAGAAAAAGGUGCUGAUGUAAAUUGCCAAGAUAAAUCUGGAUUGACACCACUCUAUUAUAUCAUUGAUCCAAAAAAAUUUAACUCUC